GUGGCGACGAGACUAGGCGCGCUAAGAGAUGUUGUCGGAGAGGGAGGAAGUAGAGUAGACACAGAGAAGCCGGAGUGUGGAAACAUAACAUUGGAAGGUGGAAAUACGGCAUAUAUCAUGGCAUCGGGGGGUACCCUGUACAUCGAGUCGGACGGCUCGGAUAUGCCCGCUGAAAUAGUGGAACUGCACGAAAUCGAAGUAGAGACCAUCGAAACAACUAUUGUCGACGAAGACGGGGAGCACCAGCCUAUGAUCGCCUUGCAGCCACUUGACACGGACGAUCCACACUCCAUUCACUCGCACCAAGAGGUGAUCCUGGUGCAAACCAGGGAGGAGGUGGUGGGCGAGGACGACUCGGAGCUGCACACGGAUGACGGCUACGACGACCAAAUCCUCAUCCCGGUGCCCGCCGUGGGGGAGGACUACAUCGGACAACAGACUCUGGUAACAGUCGCGGGGAGAAGCUCGUCAACGGGCCGGAUGAAGAGGGCUGGAAGUGCAAAGAAAGCUGGCAAAAAGAGCUAUUUAAGCGGGGGAGAACUCGGCAGAAAAUGGGAACAGAAGCAAGUCCAGAUAAAGACUUUGGAAGGGGAGUUCUCGGUCACUAUGUGGGCAUCGGAUGACAAGAAAGACAUUGACCACGAAGAGCAAAUCACGGGUGAAAACUCGCCUCCAGAUUAUUCCGAGUAUAUGACGGGCAAGAAGCUGCCGCCAGGGGGCAUCCCAGGCAUUGACCUGUCAGACCCCAAACAGCUGGCAGAAUUUGCGAGAAUGAAGCCAAAGAAAGUGAAAGAAGACGACGCACCCCGGACGAUAGCCUGUCCACACAAAGGCUGCACCAAGAUGUUCAGGGACAACUCUGCGAUGCGAAAGCAUCUACACACCCACGGGCCUCGCGUGCAUGUGUGCGCUGAGUGUGGAAAAGCCUUUGUGGAGAGUUCCAAACUGAAAAGGCAUCAACUCGUACAUACAGGAGAGAAACCUUUCCAGUGCACGUUUGAGGGCUGCGGCAAGAGAUUCUCUCUGGACUUUAACUUGCGCACACACGUGCGUAUUCACACGGGGGACCGCCCGUACGUGUGCCCCUUUGACGGUUGCAACAAGAAAUUUGCUCAGUCCACCAACCUGAAGUCUCACAUUCUCACACACGCCAAAGCGAAGAACAACCAGUGAUUUAAGCAGACCUUGAAAGAGGCCCACAUACACUGGAGGACACACGCUGCCUUGACUGAGACAACUGACAUCCUGACCGCCUGCUAGAGAGAACCAUUUCCCCUUUGUAUCAAUUUUCAACCCAAACCCUUAAAAGAGACUUAUUGGUAACACGUGCAGAAAUGGGACCCUCGCAACACUUGAGACCUCCAACUCAACCCGACUCUGGCGCUACCUGAAUUGAACACUUUCUACCGGUCACCUCAUGGUUCUCUGCACAUGAAAUCUUAUUUAUACCUGAAGAGUCAGAUAAAAUGUUUUUAGACAUUUGCAAUGACGCUCAGCAGUUAACUUUUUUCAAUUUUGUACUUCUUUCCGAAGUGUGCAUAUUGUACACUGACAUAAGCGCUGUGGCAAUUGAGAAGAUCCCUGUUGCUCUUCUUCAGUUAUACUUUCCUUUUGUGAGUGUGUUUGGACGAAGGAUUGGAUUGUUUUCCUUUUGUACAACGCAAUAUCGGUCAUGUAGAUAAAAAUGAUUUUCAAUAGUAAUCAAUGAUUAAAAAAUGUUUUUUCCCCUAAACAA